AUGGAGUCGUUCUUUGCAGAGGGGGCUCGUGUUUGGGUCAGAGAAAAGGAGCAGCUGUUUCCUGCCACCGUCAACUCCUGUGGAGAUGGGACUCUCGUGGUUACGACGGACUACGGGGAGGUGCUGUACCUGCAGCAGGCCGAGGUCAACCGGGAGCGGGUGUGCGCCAUGCACCAGUCCAGCAUCGAUGGCGUGGAGGAUAUGUCGGCCCUGGCGGAGCUCCAUGAGGCUGCUAUCAUGCACAACCUGUACCAGCGCUACCACAAGGACAGCAUCUAUACCAACAUUGGCAGCAUCCUGGCAGCUGUUAACCCAUACAAGCAGAUCUCAGGUCUGUAUGAUCUAGAGAGGGUGGAUUUGUACUCCAAGCACCAUCUCGGGGAGCUCCCACCACACAUUUUUGCUGUGGCCAAUGAAUGCUACCGCUGCAUCUGGAAACGCCACGACAGCCAGUGCGUGCUCAUCAGCGGUGAAUCGGGGGCAGGGAAGACGGAGAGCACCAAGCUGCUGCUCCAGUUUCUGUCGGUGAUGAGCCAGAACUCGGUCGGGACUCCUCCGUCAGAGAGGAGCACGCGGGUGGAGCAGGCCAUUGUGCAGAGCAGUCCGAUCAUGGAAGCGUUUGGGAACGCUAAAACGGUUUACAACAACAACUCCAGCCGUUUUGGGAAGUUCAUCCAGCUUCACUUCUCUGAGUGUGGAAACAUCCAAGGAGGCUGCGUCAUUGACUAUCUACUGGAGAAGAACCGAGUAGUACGACAAAACCCCGGAGAGAGGAACUACCACAUCUUCUACGCUCUGCUGGCAGGAGCGAGUAAAGAGAAUAAAAGUCUGUACUUCCUGGAGGACCCUGCUGAAUCCUACCACUACCUCAGCCAGUCGGGAUGUCUGAAGGACAAGAGCCUGAACGACAAAGAACUGUACAACAGUGUUAUGGAGGCGCUGAAGGUUUUAGAGUUCACGGAGGAGGAGAUCAGGGACAUGUUUAAGCUGCUGUCGGGAGUCUUACAGCUCGGCAACCUGGAGUUCAUGACCGCAGGAGGAGCCCAGAUCACCACCAAGCAGGUGGUGAGUAACGCCAGCGAACUGUUGGGUCUGGAUGCCUUCCAGCUGUCUGAGGUCCUGACUCAGCGCUCCAUAAUCCUCAGAGGAGAGGAAAUCUGUUCCCCGCUCACUAUCGAGCAGGCCAUUGACUCGAGGGACUCUGUUUCCAUGGCGUUAUAUUCCCAGUGUUUCUCCUGGAUCAUCCUUAAGAUUAACCAGAAAAUCAAAGGAAAAGAAAAUUUCAAAUCCAUUGGCAUCCUGGAUAUCUUUGGCUUUGAAAACUUUGAGGUGAAUCGUUUCGAGCAGUUUAACAUCAACUACGCCAACGAGAAGCUUCAGGAGUACUUCAACAAGCACAUCUUCUCCCUGGAGCAGCUGGAAUACAACAGGGAAGGUGUUCAGUGGGAAGCAAUUGACUGGAUGGACAACGCAGAGUGUCUUGACCUGAUAGAGAAGAAACUCGGCCUGUUGGCACUGGUGAAUGAAGAGAGCCGAUUCCCCAAGGGGACAGAUUUCACUCUGCUGGAGAAGCUGCACAGCAGGCACUCAAUCAACCCGUACUUUGUGAAGCCCAGAGUGGCAGAUCAUCAGUUUGGCAUCAAACACUACGCUGGAGAGGUUUUAUACGACGUCAGAGGAAUCUUGGAGAAGAAUAGAGACACUUUUAGAGACGACAUCCUGAACAUGCUCAAGGACAGCAGACAGGACUUCAUCUACGACUUGUUUGAGAAAGUUGGCAGCAGAAACAAUGAGGAGAAAAUGGGAACAGCCAGACGCAAACCCACAGUGAGCUCCCAGUUCAGGGACUCCCUUCACGCUCUCAUGGCCACUCUCAGUGUUUCCAAUCCGUUCUUCAUCCGCUGCAUCAAACCAAACAUGGAAAAGAAUCCAAGCGUGUUUGAUCCAGAAAUCGUCCUGAAUCAGCUGCGAUACUCCGGUAUGUUGGAAACAGUGAAGAUCCGUCGUGCUGGUUUCCCCGUUCGCAGAACAUUUAAAGACUUUUUUUCACGAUAUAAGAUCAUCUUGAAAGACAAGGUUCCAGCAGCAGGAGAUGAUAAGAAAAGAAGCACAGACCUUUUAUUCAAAUACGACAAGACCAAGAAGGAGUGGCAGUUAGGGAAGACCAAGGUGUUCAUGAAAGAGUCUUUGGAGCACCUUUUGGAGAAGGAUCGGGAUGAAGUUCGCCGCCAGGCUGCCAUGAUAAUCCGGGCACAUCUGCUCACCUUCUCUGCAAAGAAGCAUUUCAAACAGGUCCGCACCAGCAUCAUCAUCCUGCAGAAACACCUCCGAAGGCACAUCCAGCACAAGCGCUUCGUGAAGCAGCGCAAGGCCGUGCUGGUGCUGCAGAAACACAGACGAGGCCAGGUGGCACGUGCUCGUGUUUCCAAACUCAAAGAAGAGAAGAGGAAGAAGGAGGAGGAGCAAAGAAAGAAAGAGGAGGAAGAGACGAAAAAGAUGGGUGAGGAGGAGAAAGAAGAAGGGACGGAAGAAGACGAGAAGAAAGCCAAAACAUCAGAGGAGGAAGCUCGCCAAAUGGAGGAGAUCCUGCAGCUGGAACGAGAGAUCGAGCGUCUGCAGAAAAAACGAGAGGACGAGGUGUCGCAGCUCUGCGAGUCCUCCAAACAGGAGCUCCAGCUGCGCCGGGAUGCUGAGCUCAAGAGGAUGAAAAAGGAGGCGUCCCGCAAAGCAACCGAGCUGAUCGACCUCCUGAACUUCGGGGGGGUGGACCCCACAAUGGAAGCUGCAGCCGAGGUGAAAACUGCAAAGGGGGCAAGCACCGCCCGAGGGGCGUCCAAGGAGGAAGAUGUAGAUGAAGGCUUCCACGCUGAGGAGGAGUGCAUCCCUCUGCCGGACUUCCCUCCUCCUGCUGAGUCAGAUUCUCCUCUGGUUCAAGACAUAUUUACUCACCUCCCCCCUCCUCCACCUGCCUUCGCCGAGGGAACAGUCCCCCCGGCGCCACCUUCUCCUCCGCCCCUGCCCACAGACGGCAUCGCUGCCAGUGGAAUUCCUCCCCCUCCUCCUCUUCCUCCACCCGGAGACAGUGCUGCCGUCUCUCCACAUCCUCCUCCGCCACCUCUCCCAGGAGAGGAGGCGAUCAAGGAGGAAGCCAAGUCGGAGCUAGAGAGGAAGGUGAGCAUGGUGGAAAGCCUGGUAGAUGGAGAGGAGCCCAUCUACAGCAUGCCAGCCGACACAGAAUCAGACUACGACCAGGAGGAGGAAGACGGCUCCGUCACCGCCGGAGACGACAGCUCCGUGUCAGGAAGCAACCGCGGGAGCACUGCUGUGACGGAUGAGGAGCACCCGAGGAAGUCGACCUGCACCAACACCAGCGUGGAGUCCUACAGAGGCAGCUCUGACUCUUAUGCAGACAGUGAUGAUGAGCAUGACGGCGUGAUGGACACUGAUGAAGAGGUGACGAAUGGCAGAGUGACUUUACUCAAUGGAAACGCUCCACCAUACUUCCACGGCUACCUCUACAUGAAAGCCGGUUUGAUGAUCCCAUGGAGGAGGCGUUGGUGCGUGCUGAAAGAUGAGACCUUCAUGUGGUUCCGGUCCAAACAGGAGUCCUUGAAGUCAGGAUGGCUCUACAAGAAAGGAGGAGGCCUGUCCACUCUGUCCCGGAGGAACUGGAAGAUGCGCUGGUUUGUCCUGAGGGACAGCAAGCUGAUGUACUAUGACAACGACAGCGAGGAGAAGCUGAAAGGAACCAUCGACAUCAAAGCAGCCAAGGAGAUCGUCGACAAUCAUGAAAAGGAGAACGCUCUGAACAUCGUGACAGACGAGAGGACGUACCAGGUCUUUGCUGAGUCGCCAGAAGACGCAAGCGGGUGGUUUAAUGUGCUCAGCAAGGUGAGAGUGUGCACGCCUGAGCAGCUGCUAGAAAUGUCUCAUGAGCAGGCCAACCCCAAAAAUGCUGUUGGAACCCUUGAUGUGGGAUUGAUCGACUCUGUUUGUGCAUCAGACAACCCUGAUCGUCCAAACUCGUUUGUCAUCAUCACGGCCAACCGUGUGAUCCACUGCAACAGCGACACCCCAGAAGAGAUGCAUCACUGGAUCAGCCUGCUGCAGAAACCCAAAGGAGACUCCAGGAUAGACGGACAGGAGUUCCUCGCCAGAGGCUGGCUCCACAAAGAGAUGAAGACAAACUCUAAGAGCACCUCCCUGAAGCUGAAGAAACGCUGGUUUGUUCUGACCAACAACUCGCUGGAUUACUACAAGAACUCAGAACGAAACUCCUCCAAGAUGGGAACUCUGGUCCUCAACUCCCUCUGUUCGGUCAUCCAGCCGGACGAACGGGUGCACAGGGAGACCGGGUACUGGAACAUCAUAGUGUAUGGAAGGAAGCAUUCCUAUCGCCUGUACACCAAGAUGCUGAAUGAAGCCAUGAGAUGGACAGCUGCAAUACUGGGAGUCAUAGAAAGCAAAACUCCAAUCGAAACUCCAACUCUGCAGCUCAUCAGAGACAUUAAGGAGAACAGCUUGAACCCAGAAAUCGUGGAGCAGAUGUACCGGAGGAACCCCAUCCUUAGAUACACCCAGCACCCUCUGCACGCCCCUCUGCUGCCGCUCCCUUAUGGAGAGGUCGCCAGCUUGCAAAGGCAGCAGGGUUAUGCCAGCCUGCAGGACGAGGCGGUGAGAGUUUUUAAUUCACUGCAGGAGAUGGAGACGCUGGCAGACACGGUGCCCAUCAUUCAGGGUAUCCUGCAGACCUGCCAGGACCUGCGCCCUCUCAGGGAUGAGGUUUAUUGCCAGGUGAUCAAACAGACCAAUCAUGUGCCUCAGCCAAACAGCCCAGCCAAUCGGGCCCACUGGCACCUGCUCACCUGCAUGAGCUGCACUUUUUUACCCAGCCGAGCCAUCCUCAGAUACCUCCGCUUCCACCUGAAACGGAUACGUGAACGCUAUCCCGGCACUGAGAUCGAACGAUAUGCAAGUUUCAUCGGGGAAUCCUUAAAGAAGACCAAGACUCGUGAGUUUGUUCCGUCUCAGGAGGAGAUUGCUGCCCUCCUGCUGAGACAGGAAAUGAGCACCACUGUUUACUGCCAUGGAGGGGGCUCCUGCAAGAUCUCCAUCAACUCCCACACCACAGCUGGAGAGGUUGUGGAGAAGCUGAUCCGAGGUCUGGCCAUGGAGGACAGCAAGAACCUGUUUUCUCUCUUUGAACACAACGGCUUCACAGAUCGAGCUCUUGAGAGCAGAGUGAUAGUAGCAGAUGUCCUGGCCAAGUUUGAGAGACUGGCAGGAAGCGAAGAGGAGGAAGAGGAGGGAGAGUGGAAACUAUACUUCAAACUCUACUGCUUCUUGGAUGUUGAGAGCAUGCCGAAAGAGGGCGUGGAGUUUGCAUUCCUGUUUGAACAGGCCCAUGAGUCUUUGAUAAGCGGACACUUCCCAGCCUCUGAGGAGACUUUGCAGCACCUGGCAGCUUUGCGGCUCCAGUAUCUCCACGGCGAUGGAGCAGGUCGGGCCGGCUGGAGUCUGGGAAGCGUCUAUCCUAUCGGACGUCUCCGUAACCGCAUCCUGCAGUCCACCAAGCCCGGUGUAGGCGCAGCAGCAGGAGCCGGAUGCAGAGGAAGUGGAGGAAUAGCGGAUGUGAUCGGUUCAAUCGGAGGACAGGGCGGUGUCGGGACGGGCUCGGAGAAACGAAAGACUCCCACCUUCAGGGAUACCUCGCUGAAGAGAACCAAAACGGGCUCACUGAAGAAACAGAAGGUGGAGGGGGAGCAACGGCUGGAGAUGUGGGUGAAGGAGGAGACAUCUGCCACGCGCACAAGCAUACUGGAGAAGUGGGCCCGUCUGCAGGGCAUGCCACAGCACCAGGCCAUGCUGAAAUACAUGAGCAUCAUCAAAGAGUGGCCUGGAUAUGGGUCUACUCUGUUCGAUGUGGAGUGUAAAGAAGGAGGGUUUCCUCAUGAUCUGUGGCUGGGCGUGAGUGCUGACAAUGUUUCUGUGUAUAAACGGGGCGAACCCAAACCACUUGAGACCUUCCAGUACGAACACAUCACCUUCUUCGGAGCGUCACAACCCUGCACCUAUAAGAUCAUCGUGGAUGAGAGAGAGAUGUUCUUCGAGACUCCACAGGUUGGAGAGAUCGCCAAGAUCAUGAAGGCCUACAUCAACAUGAUGGUGAAGAAACGUUGCAGCAUCAUGUCUGUGAGCAGCGUGGCUAGUUCCUGGGUCAGGUGAUGGAGAAAUACCUUCAGCCCUCUGUUCAUCCAUCCAGCAACAACCGGCGCCUGGGCAGGCCGUGGUGGUUGGUUGCUUUUGAUAAAGGCAGUCGCGUCAACAAGCUAAUUUCUCCAGGUUGAAUCAGGAACAACAGAUAAAGGUCAAAAAGGAAAAUAUGUAGAUGUGCGCAAGAGAAGACAAACAAAAACUCAACCGUCUUGGGUUUAAAAAUGAGCAUGAUCAAGAAAACGUCCUGUAUUUUAGAGCUUUCAGAACAAAUCCAAACCCCCUCCGCUGCAUGACGAUGUUCACGCACACUCCAAACGUCCCUCCGUUUUCCUUGUUCGGACCAGUAAUAAUGAGCACAACCCAGUCCUCCUCAAUAGUCUCGGUUUGCCCCAGAUAGACUGGUUUGACCCCUGAACACUGCCAGACAGAAAUGAGCCACACUUUGUUAAAUUUCUCUCACUCCUCCUGUGAUUUCAGUCUCUCUCUUUCUCUUCAUGCCUCCCUCUGCUGGCUUCUUGUUUCUGUGGACACUACGUUCUCACCUGUUUUUGUUGUAGUUCUCUGUACUGUCUUUCUAUUCCAUUUGAGCAAAUAAUAAUAAUAAUAAUCUGCAAUGA